GCUUCAUCCCCCCUUCGACCGGGUUUUUUUCCUACGUAAAAGGGGGCGUGGCCGGUGGAGGAGCAAACUGACAGCCACGUCCCGCGCCGGGUCUCGGAUCGGGGAGUGAAUGACAAGCGGGCGCCCUACGCCCUACAUGUUCACCUUAACAACUUCAUUUGACGAGGAAUAUAAACACUCUGUCGUCGACACGCCUCGCGAGCCUUCCCCGUUGGACCGGAAUGCCGUGUCUUCUGAUUCCACGGAGACAUCCACCCAGAGAAGACGUCGAUGGGAUUUGUCUCAUUUAGCUAAGAUUACUUUAGCUAAGAAAAUUUACAUUUCGCUAUAAAGAAGGGACCCCCCCCGCAUUUCUUUCAACUGUCUAGACAGUAACUGGACAAUAAUGCGAGAGGCGUUUGUGAGACACGUCCGUCGGUUCCCGUGGGCCAUCAACGUCACGCUGUACGGGGGUCUGUUCGCCGGGGGGGACUUCGUGCACCAGUGGUUCUCGCGGAGGCAGGAAAUGGACUGGAGACAGACGCGGAACGUGGCCGUCGUCGCUUUCAGUUUCCAUGGUAACUUCAACUUCCUCUGGAUGCGGUUCCUGGAACGCAGGUUCCCCGGGAAUUCCCUCCGGAUGGUGAUGAGGAAGCUGCUCCUGGACCAGACCACAGCGGCCCCGCUGGCUACCAGCGUCUUCUACACAGGUGUCAGCUUCUUGGAGGGCAAAGAGGACAUCUUUGAAGACUGGAGGGAAAAAUUCCUAAAUACGUAUAAGACGGGGCUUAUGUUCUGGCCAUUUAUGCAGUUUGUGAACUUUGCCCUGGUGCCUCUGUAUGUGCGGACCACCUUCACCGGCUGCUGUGCCUUCGUCUGGGCCACGUUCCUCUGCUUCUCACGGCAGAGCGGCGACGGCACGGCCAGCGCUGCUCUGACGUGGAUGUUCCCUAAAGAAGGUGAAGCAAAAGACAAUGACAGGACGGAUGCUUCCAAACCUGCUGACAACUGAAGUGUGGCAUCAGUAGUUGCAAUGCAGGGGACAAAAGAAACCAGUGGAAGCAGCAGGCUCAGUGCCUGGCGUCCCGGCCUGUCCGGCCGGUCCUUCGUGUUGCACCAUCUCUCACCAUCGUUUGAGUUAAAAGUCUCAUUGGGGUGAAAUUAAAAAGGUGCUUUGUGAAACAGCGUUAAAUAGAACUUCUACAAUUGCGUAUUCAGUACGUUUAGAGCCAAUCACCUCACAGGGAAAUCUAUAAGCUUAUACUUUUCCUUUUAUUAGAUUGGGCAAAUUUGUAAUAAUUCAAAUAUCAAUAUCUCCUAGAUGCACUAAAACGGUGCACUUUUACUGUACUGUUUCAUUUCAAAGGCCUUUCUAAUCUUGUUCCGUUUUGAGUUCCACAUGUUCAACCAUUGUCCCUCUACAAAUAGUGUGGCAAUCAGUCACUUAUUGUGGUUGCUUUGAGUUUUUUCAUUGUUUGCUUGACAACGUUGU